AUGGAUCACAUGGAGCUCGAGCGUGAGAAGGGCAUCACGAUCCAGAGCGCAGCCACCUACUGCCGCUGGAAGGACACCCAGAUCAACAUCAUCGACACGCCCGGCCACGUGGACUUCACCAUAGAGGUGGAGCGCGCCCUGCGCGUGCUGGACGGCGCGGUGCUGCUGCUGUGCGGCGUGGGCGGCGUGCAGAGCCAGUCAAUCACGGUUGACCGGCAGAUGCGGCGCUACAGCGUGCCACGGCUGGUGUUUGUGAACAAGCUCGACCGUGUCGGGGCCGACCCCUGGCGCGUCAUCCAGCAGGGCCGCGACAAGCUGCGGCUCAACGCGGCGGCGGUGCAAGUGCCCAUCGGGCUUGAGGAUUUUCAUGAGGGGGUGGUGGACCUGGUGGAGGGCCGCGCAGUGAGGUUCGGCGGGAAGUCCGGCCUCGAGGUGUUGGAGGGCCCGGUGCCUGAGGAAAUGAAGGGGGAGGUGGAGGCCAGGAGGUCUGAGCUCAUAGAGAGGGUCUCAGAGGUUGAUGACGAGCUGGCUGAGAAGUUCCUGGCGGAGGAGCCCAUCACCCCCGCCGCCCUCAAGGCCGCCAUCCGCCGCGCCACCCUGGCCAACAAAUUCCAGGCCGCGCGACUUCCAUGGUAG